AUGCCAGAAUUCAAGCUCGCCUACGAGUCACAACUGGAUGCCUUCCACCCCUCCUACCGCUGGGAAACUCAGGAGCCGCAAGAUGACUGGAAAACCGCAGCCCUCCGAGGCCCCGCCUUACCAGUCCUAGGCAAUGCCGUUGCCGGUGCCGUAGGCUCAGCCAUCUCCAGCGUCAUCGUAUACCCUCUCAGCGUGAUCGUCGCGCGUCUACAAACGCAACAAAAGACAGACAAAUCAAAGGAGGGCUCCUCCUCCGAUGAUGACGAAGAAGAAUACAAGGAUAUCGUCGAUGCAGCAUACAAGAUCUAUCUGGAGCAAGGUAUUGCGGGAUUCUACCCAGGUCUGGCACAGGAUACCUUCAAGACGCGGAUAGUCGCCCGCGUGGGCGCGGCCAAGGCGGCGAAGAGCAAGAAUAUCGUUCUUCCGAUCCUCGACGAGCUUGCCGUUGGCGUGGUGGCGGGCUCGUUCGCGAAGUUAUUUACCACCCCGCUGUCAAAUAUCGUGACACGAAAGCAAAUCGCAGCUCGCAAGGCGGGCAAGAGCAAGGGCAAGGGUAAAGAGGAUGGCGAAGAAUUAUCAACGAGCGAUAUCGCGGCGCAGAUUAGGGCCGAGAAGGGCAUUCGUGGCUUUUGGUCCGGAUAUUCGGCCACGUUGAUCCUGACCCUCAACCCAUCUAUAACAUUUUUCCUGAACGAAGUCCUCAAAUACGCUCUUCUGUCGCGUGCCAAGCGCGAGCGUCCUUCUGCUGCGGUGACCUUCCUACUUGCCGCGUUGAGUAAAUCGGCCGCGUCGUCGAUUACGUAUCCAUUCUCACUUGCGAAAACGAGGGCGCAGGCGUUGAGUUCCUCGCGAAGUGCCGCGGGGGUAAAGAGUUCGAGCUCGAUCCUUUCUACGGUUACGCCGAAGAUUGUGUCUACUGUUGGAACGAUCGCUCGGACGGAAGGUAUUUCGGCCCUUUAUGCUGGUCUUCCUGGUGAAGUCUUGAAGGGCUUUUUCUCUCAUGGUUUCACCAUGCUAGCCAAAGAUGCCGUCUAUGCAUCUAUUGUGAAGGUCUAUUAUUUCCUGCUUAUGGUAUUCCGCCGCUACCCAUCCCCAGACGAACUGAUUCAGCGCGCGCGAGAACAAGCGGAGGAAUUCAGCGAAGUCGCGCGCGAGGGCGCUCGCGAUCUCGUCGAGAGGACAAAGGAGGGUGCAGAGGAGGCUCUCACCAUCCAUUCCGGUAACGUCAAUGUUGAUGUUAGCUCUAAUGCUGCGGCCGCGGCCGCGGCGUCGGCAGCAAAGGAUGCCAGUGCUGGGCAUGGCGUGGAUGCUUCUUCCGGUCUGAAGGUUCCACCACUUCACGACGAGAUUAAUGAGACGGCCGAGCUUGUUGGUGACUAUGUUGAGGAUGAGGCGGCCGAAUGGAAGAGCUUCUAUCAUUGGUUUUGGGAUAAAGACCGCGGUUACAAUCCUGGGAAAGAAUGA